AUGAAGUUCCUAACCUGGAAUGUCAAGGGUUGCAAUGCCCCUGACAAGCGACGUCUGAUCAAAAGAGGUUUUGAUCAGGCCAAGCUGGAAGUUAUUUGUAUUCAGGAGACUAAGUUGGGUCGUGAAGCAGUUGCUUAUGGGGUGUUAGGUGGGUUGGGCAUUCUGUGGAAUCCAUUGGCUGUUCAAGUAGAUGUUGUCUCAAGUUCUAAGCAUUGGCAGGUGGUUAAGGUGAUUUCGAAGACUAUGAAUUUCUCUUGUUUUCUUUUUAAUGUCUAUGGGCCGACUUUGGCUGUAGACAAGUGCAGAUUAUGGGAGGAUAUUUCUAAGCGUCUAGAGGAAGUGAGGCCGUCUUUAGCAAUUGUUGCUGGAGAUUUCAAUGCCACCCUUUCUUCCUCUGAGAAGCGUGGAGGGGUGAGGAGGUUGAGUCGGUCGCAAUUAAACUUCCAAUCUUUUGUUAAUGGGAAUGCUCUGUUUGAAGUGGCAGCUAAAGGUAGGAAUUAUACAUGGACUAAUGGAUGUAGAGGCUUUUCCAAUAUUGCUGAGAAACUUGAUAGAUUCUUCCUUGCAAGGGAUUGGAAUUUAGCCCCUUUGGUUUUUGAGGCAGAGGUUUUAGUCAUUUCAGGAUCGGAUCAUUUUUCGGUCUCCUUGGUUGUGCAGAAAGAUGAAGUUCCAAUUCGAUGUCCCUUCAAGGUGGAAAAGAUGUGGAUUAGGGAACUGAGUUUUAAAGAGCGUGUAGUUGGGUGGUGGAAGGAGGCCCCAGCGAGAAGGCUUGAAGAAGAUUUGGGGGCUUUGAACGCGAAAGUCAUGGCAGAAGGAAUGGAUGAAGUGGACUUCCUCACGGAGAAAUAUCUUCUUAGUAAAUAUGGAGAAUUUUUGCAGAGGGAGGAGAUUUAUUGGAAACAGAAGUCGCGUGAAAAUUGGCUGAAAGCGGGUGAUAGAAACACAAAAUUCUUCCAUAGUUCGAUGAAAGCAAGGCGAAGUCUUAACAUAAUUCUUUCCUUGUGGCUUGCGGAUGGAACGAUCACUGAAGACCCGGGCCGCAUAGGUAAAGAGGUUGUUGACUUCUUCGAAAAUUUGUGGAGGAGAAGUGGGAUUGCUUAG